CAGAGCAGUGGUGCUCCCCUCAUUUGAGAGCAAGUCUUCGGUAGAGAGAUUCUUUCCCUCAAGAGAAUCUUGAGUUGUUCUUACUCGGAUCGGCGUUUUCUCAUUGAAAGUUUGGGACUUUGCUCAUGGAUUGCUCAUAAAGCUGGUUAUUUCCUUCUGGGUCUCCUCGUUAGAUCGUGGGUGCUUGUCGAGUGAAAUUCUGUCUUCUGUUUGGAUGCAAAGGAAAUCUUUUGACUGUCCUUAGCACAUAUAGAGUUGGUGAAGAUGGUUGCUAAGGGCUUCACCGUCGAUUUGAACAAGCCUCUGGUCUUUCAGGUUGGUCAUCUUGGUGAAGCAUAUCAAGAAUGGGUUCAUCAACCUAUCAUAACUGUAGAGGGUCCUCGAUUCUUCGAAAGUGAAUUUUGGGAGUUCUUGACUCGCACAGUUUGGUGGGCAAUCCCAACUAUUUGGCUGCCGGUUGUUUUCUACUCAAUCUCAAUCUCUGCAAGGAUGGGACAUACUUUUCCCAAUAUCGGUUUAUUGGUUGCGUUGGGUGUGCUCAUUUGGACACUGCUCGAGUACACAUUGCAUCGUUUUCUUUUCCAUAUCAACACUACGAGUUAUUGGGGAAACACUCUGCACUAUCUUCUUCAUGGAUGCCACCACAAGCACCCAAUGGAUGGCCUUCGUCUUGUUUUCCCUCCUGCAGCAACUGCUAUUCUCUGUAUUCCUUUCUGGAAAGUACUUCAUUUGUUGGCCACUCCUUCUACUGCCCCUGCUCUGUUUGGAGGCGGUCUGCUCGGCUAUGUGAUGUAUGAUGUGACUCAUUACUAUCUGCAUCAUGGUCAACCUUCAGACCAAACCUUCAAACAUCUCAAGAAAUAUCACCUGAACCAUCACUUCAGAAUUCAGAACAAGGGAUUUGGGAUCACGUCGUCGCUGUGGGACAAGGUGUUUGGAACACUCCCCAGUUCAAAAGCUGCUGAGAAGAGAAGCUAAAUCAGUGGCAACAGUUUCAAGUAUCCCAAGGCUUAGGGCUCAUUGAUCUUCUGUAUUCUGAUUCAUCUCGCAGUUUUGUCUGCAUUCUUUGUUAGAAGUUGGGAUGGUUUCGAGUGAAUUUCAUGUGGGUGUCGGUACUCCAAAUCUUUCUGUAAUGUUAAGAUACAUCAUUUCUUUGUGUUUCCUCGAGCAGCUGUUCCAUCGUAGCACAUAACAAGGUAGAACAUGAACUGGGUGUCUGAAAAUCAAUGGUGUUUCUUCUGUUC